AUGUUUGGUCCAUCCUCUCAUCAACAUCAACAAAAAAAUAAUAAAGAUUUACACGUAAUACGUUUGCCGCAACCACAACCACAACCACUACCACUACCAGUACCAGUACCAGUACCACUACCGUCCAUCCACCUCCGACAACUCCUCUUCACCGCCGCCCAACUGAUCUCUGGGUCUGAUCUCUCCGCCGCCCACCGCCUCAUCUCCAUCCUCUCGUCCAACUCAUCCGCUGACGGCGAUUCAUCCGAAAGAUUAGUCCACUCAUUCACUAAAGCUCUCUCCCACCGCCUCCACCACCACCACCACCACCACCACCAACACCACCCUAUCUUCCAUAAAAUCAAUCCACCAAAGAGUUUCAUGAUGACUCCACGCUGUAAUAUUGAUAUUUACAGUGAUCAAUAUGAUUCAGUUCUUCAAUCAUCUUAUUUGUCCCUAAACCAAAUAACUCCUUUCAUCAGAUUCAGUCAGUUCACUGCUAAUCAAGCCAUCUUAGAACUCAUUGAUCAUCAACAAAACAUUCACAUAAUUGAUUUCGAUAUCAUUCAUGGAGCUCAAUGGCCACCACUAAUGCAAGCCAUCGCCAACAACCAUCCUCCACCAUCUCUCCGCCUAACUGCCACCGGUACAAACCUAAACAUCCUCCGGCAAACCGGUGACCGUCUCUCCAAAUUCGCACAUUCACUCGGACUCAACUUCACUUUCCACCCACUCUUACUCCCAAACACCAACAACCAAACCCUAAUCGUUGACCACCUCAUCCACCACCUCUCCGCCGUACUCCUCCUCCCUACCGAAACCCUAGCCGUUAAUUUUGACCUUUAUCUCCACCGUCAUUUAAACAACCGCAACAAGCUCUUGUUACUGCUUAGAAAGAUCAAAUCCAUGAACCCUAAAGUUGUUACAUUAUCUGAAAAAGAAGCAUACCACAACAACCCUAUAUUUUUAUCAAGGUUUACGGAAGCUAUGAAUUAUUACACUGCAGUGUUCGAGUCGCUAGAAGCAACGCUGCCGCCGAACAGCCGGGAGAGAAUUGAGGUGGAGCAAGUAUGGUUCGGGAGAGAGAUCGCAGACAUAGUAGCGGAGGAGGGAGAUUGCCGGAAAGAGAGACAUGAAAGAUUCAGAUCAUGGGAAGUGAUGAUGGUAAGUGCUGGUUUUCGUAAAGUUCCACUCAGUGGUUAUGCUCUUUCACAGGCUAGAUUGCUGUUGAGGCUUCAUUAUCCGUGUGAAGGUUAUAAUCUUGAGGUUGUUGGUGAUUCUUUCUUCUUAGGUUGGGGGGAUCACUCUCUUUUUUCUGUUUCUUCUUGGCAUUGAUCGAUUAAUCUUUCUUAAUAUUC